GGCUGAAAUCCUAGAAAGGCCGGCAGGGGAGAGGGCGGAGAGAUUGCAGAGGGAAAAGCGACCUUUGUGGUUUCCGCUCCGGCAGCUCCUCGUCAGCGUCAGCGAAAGCCUCUCUUCAUACCCCAGUGAGAUCUGACCCUAUAGGAAAAGAAGAUGGGAGAGCAGGACCAAGGAGGACCUGGAUUUGGCAAGAGAAUGAGGAAGGACCCCCAUCCCAUCCAAGCUGGGAGCGUUGUUGCAUUCUGGGAGAGAGCUGUGCCAGAGGUCUGGGAUCAGGAGCCCCUGAACUCAGAACUACUUUGCCGACGCUUCUGGCAGUUCCUCUAUCGUGAUGCCGAUGGGCCCCGAGAGGUUUGCAGCCAGCUCCAUGGACUUUGUAGUCACUGGCUGAAGCCAGAGAGGCACUCCAAGAACCAGAUCCUGGACCUGGUUAUCCUAGAGCACUUCCUGACUGUCCUGCCCCAUGAAAUGCAGUGCUGGGUCAGAGGAUGUGGGCCGGAGACCAGUUCCCAAGCAGUGGCCCUGGCCGAGGGUUUCCUCCUGAGUCAGGCAGAGGAGAAGAGGCAGGCAGAACAGAAGUUGGGUCUAUCCCUGAAGAUGGAAGCUAAGUUGGAAAGAGCUCUGUUGGAGAAAUGGCAGCUGAGCCAGGCCCAGGAAUGUGCCCAAGACGCCCACUCACAUGGCAAUGAAGAGGCAGUGUUGAUCUGUUCUGUUUGUAGAGGUGUGGAAACAGCUGCUGCACCUCCAUUCCAGUCUCUGGUUUCCUUUGAGGAGGUGGCCGUGUAUUUCACCAAGGCAGAGUGGGCAUUGCUGGAUCCAGACCAAAGAGCUCUUUAUGAAGAUGUCAUGCAGGAGAACUAUGGGAGCGUGGCUUCUCUGGCAGCACAUGUAGAGGAGACGUUAGGGGUAUUCCAGGGGCCCUUUGUGGAAAAAGAAAAGGACGAAUUUUCUGAAGGAAAGUUUGAGGACAGAGACGAACUACUGAGGCAGGAGAGAAGCCACGCAGACAAGACAAGGGAUAAGCUCGUUCAAUCCCAAGGAGUUGGCUUCUGUCAAAUCCCAGCAUAUAUAGAGUGUGGUAUGAACUUCUCAGAUAAAAACCCAUACGAGAUUCAUUUGCAAAUGCACAAUGGAAAGAAGACCCAUCAAUGCUUGGAGUGUGGCAAGACUUUCCAUUGCAGAGUAGAGCUCCUUAGGCAUCAAGUGAAACACAAAGGAGAGAAACCUUAUAACUGCUCAGACUGUGGCAAAAACCCCUCACAAAAAUCAAAUCUUAUUCAACACCAAAGGACUCAUUCAGGAGACAAGCCACUAAUCUACUUAGAGAGGAGAAAGAUCUUCUGUGGUAAAAGAAAGGGUAAUGUACACAUCCCAAACAACAGUAUGCUGAGGACACACAAAUGCUUUUGGUGUGGAAAGUUCUUCAGCUGCAGAUCAAAGCUCCUUGGGCAUCAAAGAACUCACACAAAGGAGAGACCUUUUGAAUGCUCAGAAUGUGGAAAGAGAUUCAGUCAGAGUGGCACUCUUCGAAAGCAUCAAAGAACUCACACAAAGGAAAGACCUUUUGAAUGCUCAGAAUGUGAAAAGAGGUUCAGUAGUAGUAGUGAUCUUAAAAUGCAUCAAAGAACUCACACAAAGGAGAGACCUUUUGAAUGCUCAGAAUGUGGAAAGAGGUUCAGUAGCAGUAGCAAUCUUAGAAUGCAUCAAAGAACUCACACAAAGGAGAGACCUUUUGAAUGCUCAGAAUGUGGAAAGAGAUUCAGUCACAGUGGCACUCUUCAAAACCAUCUAAGAACUCACACAAAGGAGAGACCUUUUGAAUGCUCAGAAUGUGGAAAGAGGUUCAGUAGUAAUAGCAAUCUUAAAAUGCAUCAAAGAACUCACACAAAGGAGAGACCUUUUGAAUGCUCAAAGUGUGGAAAGAGGUUCAGUAGUAGUAGCAAUCUUAAAAUGCAUCAAAGCACUCACACAAAGGAGAGACCUUUUGAAUGCUCAGAGUGUGGGAAGAGAUUCAGUCAUAGGAGCACUCUUCAAAAUCAUCUAAGAACUCACACAAAAGAGAGACCUUUUGAAUGCUCAGAAUGUGGAAAGAGAUUCAGUCAUAGGAGCACUCUUCAAAAGCAUCUAAGAACUCAUACAAAGGAGAGGCCUUUUUCACUGCUCACAGUGUGGAAAGAGGUUCAGUAG